AUGAAAGAAGUACGGACCAUUCAACGCAUGAACUGGAAUUGGAUAGCUGAGAAUGAAGCACAUGUGAAGUCAUUGUGGUUACGUAAAGAUGGCUUUUCUGUCCGUCUGAUGGCAAGGACGAAAGAGCCACCUGUAAGCUUGAUUUUGCCUCUUGAUAGUUGCUUCGAUGUGCGCAUUUUGCGGAUUGAUUAUGCGCGUGGAUUUAUUUUUGUGCGCCCGCUGGCGGAAGACGAUCACUACAGGGAAUUGCAGCAGAAGUUAAUGAAACAUUCGUCAGCAGAACAUGUCAGAGCAAGGAAUUUGAAUGAAGAUGCAAUAUAUUUGGCAUCCAAGAACGGUGGUGUAUUUCGUGGAACCCUUAUCGGUAAGGCAUCGGCGAUGAACUUGCUUUAUGGAAUUGAUGUUGGCGAAAUGAAAUUUAUAAAUGCACAAAGCAUCCACCAACUCCCUGUUGAUCUUCAGUCAAUCCCGCCACUUUGCUUUUGCGGUUUAUUACCUAAUUGCACAACGAGUUUUGAUUACGUCGAUCUUUCAUUAAUAAAUGAGAACAGCAUUUGUUUGUGCAAAAUCUAUAAAGUCCUUCCAGAACAUUUUUCGGACUACCCUACUGCGAUGUAUCCACCAGUUGUGUUUAUCCAGCUGUACAAAUUUACCGGUGAUCAUAACAAAUAUGUUGAAGUUAUUUUCGAACGAAAAUUGAGAACGAUAAAGAGCAACAACGAAUAUUUUGCUUCACAGUAUGCUGUUUCCAGUGAAAGUUUAGUCACAAAAAGGAGGAAUCGUCUAAAGAUUGAAAAACCGACAAAUGUUUUUCAGGGAGUCUCACAGACUUAUGAUAAUUUUGUAAAAACAGACAGUAAUGGUCCAUACGGUGAGAUGGGAGAUUUUACUUUUAAACCUUACAACGUUAAAGUACCAUCUCAAGUAAGGGCGAUUGUGACGGCAAAAAUUCGACGUAAUGUUUAUUGGAUGCGAGAUGCAGACAUUUUGUCCAUCUUAUCUGAGAAUUUGGUUGAUCCGAGAAAAUACAAAUCGGUUAAUCCAGUAGAAUGGCAUAACGAGAUGUGUUGUUUGGUACGGUUGACAAGACCGUUUCGAGAGUGCAGUCCAUACGAUCGAUUUUCCGUUUACCGAGCAAUUGUCACUCAUUUUCACAAGGAGACUGAUACUUGUUUGGCAUAUCUUGUUGACUUUGGUCUAUCGAUUGUUUGUAAUACCAAGAAUUUAUACAAUUGUAAAGAGCAGCCUGCGGUGAUACGUGAGAUUUCAUCUGCUGCGUUCAGGUGCUAUGUGAAUCGAGUUUUGCGACAGGGAAGUUGUGAGCGUACGACACCCAAAGCAAGACCAUUUUGCAUUUCCCACCUUAUACCAAUCAAAUUUUUGAAUAUUUCGAAAAAAUUGAUUGACUUUAUUAGGAAAUUUAGUAGCCCUCGGCAAUUUUUGGAACUUUGA